GUUGAUGUCAGAAAGCGUAGCCAUUUUAGAAAAUCAAAACAGAGUGAAAAUUUCGGUGCACCCAUCGGCGGUGCAGGAAAAGUGUUUUUUCGUGCGUGAAUAUACUGUGAAACCGACAGGAAAAUGUUCUAAUCGAAUGGAAAUCGACCGCUGGAGCAGGCACCAUGUGGUUAAGGAGCGAAUCCAGAGACCGAAGGCUGCGUUCGAGCAGUUCUCGAAUAACCGUUAAGAAUAAAAGGCACGCCAAGGCACAGCAGAAAAUCAAACGCAGUCCCUCUGGAGAUGUGAUUCCAGCGCGACGACGGAGCACGCAUCUCCAGCUCCCGGUCGGGGGCGCAAAUCGGUGUCGCCCGGUCGGCAACGCCAUCGGGGCCUCCACACGUUCCGGCGGCAACCGGGUCAGUCCCAAGCGGACAUUGAAAGGUGGCCGGCGAAUCAACAAGUUGGCGACGUCAUUGAGUGGCGACGACGACGAAGAAGCAAUCUCGGAGGAUUGCAAGGAAAACUGCUGGCAGGAUAGCAAUGAUCUCACCCUUUUCGAUUCUAGCGUCAGUCUUAAGAAUCAGUAUGAAAGCACUAAUUUAUUCGCGAAGAAGGGCGACGAAAUCGGGUCGCCCGAUGAUUGUAUCAAUCAGUUUGGAGUAAUAAGUUUCGAUUCGGGCAAAUCGGCAGCGGCGGGGACGAUUACCUCGACGACGGUGGAACCACUCAAAUCGAAGUGCAUCACCGAAUGUGAUAGUACAACGGAAAUUGGUUGCGAUCCAAGUUACCCAUCCACUUCGGGGAAUUGCAGUAGGCGCCUUCUCAAAAGUCCGCUUGAGCAUGCAACGCCUGCUUCGUUGCAGGACAUCGUUGUUCCAGAGGUGGAUUCUACAACCGAUACGAUUCCAGAUACCACUAACGAUCUAGUGUCAGCAGUGGCCACAAACAUCAUAUCCGUGUUUCCCCCGUCAGCAUCUUCUUCGUUGUCUUCGACGUCGUCGUCUUCAUCCUCGUCUUCGUCAUCUUCCUCAUUGUCCUCCACUUUCCAGCCGACCGGCUACAGCAGCUGCUCGUCCGUGUCCGGAGCCGAUGAGCAACCGGCCUCCAGCAGCUACUCGCCUAAUGCGGCCGCGACGGAUUUGAUCUCAAUGUUCGACGACGAACACUAUCGGAAUUCGGCCGAACUUUGCCAGUACACCGAUUUCCUGCCGUACAAUACGUUGUUUACGCAAGCCCUGCUCAGUUGUGGCGACGUUUCCAGCCUCAAUAUCAACUGCAAUCAAGUACUCAACGAGAGCAUGACCACCGGGAUGAAUGACGGCACCGGGUUUCUCUCCUCGAUCAAUCCGACGGCCAUCGAGAAUCUGAAGGCGUUAACCAAUUUUCAGAGCAUGAAUACUUCCGUCGAGGAUGCCGCCGGUGGACCCAGCUCGAGUGGGGUCUACCUAACGGAAAUUGGCAAUCGCGGAAAUGAACAACAACUAUCUGGUGCUAGCGGAGGUGGUGGGGGUCACAUGGUACACGGCGGACACGCGGAAGGCGAAUCGCUAAUUCACAACAUCGAAUGCAAUGAAACGAUUCCCAUGUGUGGCGGCGAUGAUUGCGAUGGAAGCGGAAUGCAGCUGGAAUCCGAUGAGUGCAUGGAGAUAGAGGAAUCCAACGACAGUCAGCACGAGCAUGUCACCUGGGAAUCGUUCGAUCCGUACGUAUUCAUCAAACAUCUGCCCCCGUUGACGUGCGAGAUGCGUUCCAAGUGCCCCGCGCUGCCAUUGAAGACUCGCUCCAGUCCGGAGUUCAGUCUGGUGCUUGAUCUCGACGAGACGCUGGUCCACUGCAGCUUGCAGGAGCUGUCCGAUGCCAGCUUCAAGUUUCCGGUGCUAUUUCAGGAGUGUAAAUACACGGUUUUCGUGCGGACGCGACCAUUCUUCCGCGAGUUUCUCGAGAAGGUUUCGCAGAUAUUUGAAGUCAUUCUGUUUACUGCCUCCAAGCGGGUCUAUGCGGAUAAGCUGCUUAACUUGUUGGAUCCUGAGCGACGACUGAUCAAAUAUCGUCUAUUUCGAGAGCACUGUGUACUAGUCAAUGGCAACUAUAUCAAAGACUUGACCAUACUAGGGAGAGAUCUGUCCAAGACGAUCAUCAUUGACAAUUCUCCGCAAGCAUUUGGAUAUCAACUUGAGAAUGGUAUCCCCAUAGAGAGCUGGUUCACGGAUCCGAGCGAUUCCGAGUUGAUGAAGAUUUUACCAUUCUUGGAACGACUUGCUGAAAUGCGAGAAGAUGUUCGUCCUCACAUCCGAGAAAAGUAUCGCCUUUUUUCGUACUUACCACCGGACUAAGUUUGCACGAGGCAAGCCACCUCAAAUACUUGGAUAGCUAAACUGAUUGUGCAUCUCCCUAGGCAAGUCGUUUCUAUUGUUUUAUCUACACCAGACCGGGUGUAGACGCUAAAUUGAAACAUUAAACUAAGCAAAUCGACUAGAUAAACAAAAGAUUUACCUAAAACCAUAAACACAUACACAUUUAGACAAAAAAAAUGUACACCAAAACAGCGUGAAUAACUCUACCUAAACAAAUUUCGAUAAACACAACCACACAUGGCAUAAAUUUCUAGAAAUUUAAGCGUCUAGAUGUUGCAAAAUCAAGAAAAAUCACAAGUAUAACAGAUAACCGUACAGUACAGAAAUAAUUUUUAAGCGUAAGAUUAAUUACCGAGAACAGAUCGAGCAAAUUAGAGUUUUCCCUUGACCCAAUUGUAACAGUUACUGUUUUUCACCUAGUUUACAGUGGGUUUAAAAUCCUUGAAAAAACACUAAAAAAUUAACAAUUGUAAGUUGACUAAUGGAACAAAGCAAACGUUAGCGUAGAAUGCAAUAUGAUAAAAGUAAUCUAUACAAAACAAAAUAUUUAACUAGAAUCGUAGAAAUGAAAUUUGCAAAACAAAAUAAAAACAAUACUAAAAGAGAAAAAAGAAAGCAACACUUUACACUGAAUUCUUGAAAGAUUAAGUUGUGAGCAUAUAUCAUUGUUUAUAUUGUCUUAUACAAAGCGAACAUUAUUGUUAUAAAUAAUUUGAUAUUAUUUUUAUUUAUUGAAUAAUUGUGUGUAUCAUUGCUGUAUGAUAUGAUUAUUUUAAGAUGAUCAAAUUAUAUAUCGUUGUAUUGUGUACAGAAAACAUGAACAUUGAAUCUUGGAACAAAACAUACAUCAAAACAUUUUCGAAACAGUU